CUCCAGAAACAAAAACGAAGAAAAGGAAAAUUCACGAGCUUGGUUCAAUGACUUCUGAUUAUGCGGUUAAACUUGCUGCGGAGCUCGAAUCAGCUUCGCGUUUGAAAGCUGCUCAAUUCUUAGUGACGCAGAGGCCGUGGCUUGAUCUUUAUGGGGUUAAUGUCAGACCUGUUACUCCUUUCCGUAGCUUGAGCAAACCGUUUGUUGAUACAGCACUUCUGCACCGCAGCUUGCCAGAUGAGUUGCUUUUUGAGAUAUUUUCGAAGAUGAGUCCUUAUACCCUUGGGAGGGCAGCUUGUGUUUGUCGAAAAUGGAGCUGAAUGGAAUUGUGGAAAAUUAUAAGAUUUUCCAAUCGAUGUAUCAUGGCUUAU